ACAAAAUAGUGUAAUAAAAAAAAUCGUUGUUGUUGGUUGGUUGCGUUUCCUUGAUUUUGCAAACGAAUUUUGCGAUUUUCUAGUCUUUGCUAGAUAUUUCGAUUUUUCCAGUUGUCUUCAAACCUGGCUAGCAAGUGUGAUCAUAAGCGUUUGGCACAUUUGCUUUCAUUUAACACAUAUUUGUGCAUAUUCCUUGUGAACUGAAUUAACUAACCAUGUCUCUGUUUGGAUCUCUGAUGGGCGAUUUAGAGGAUGAUCCAUUUUAUGGCACUCACUUAAGGCACAUGCGUCAAAUGAACAACAUGAUGAAUUCGUUGUUCUCUGAUCCAUUUGGAAUGCUCGGCGGUGGUGGCCCACUAGCGCUGACUGGUUCCCGACAUUCUAUGAUGCCUAUAAUGCCGCAGAUGCCGUCCCUUAACAGAUUAUUUGCAGAUAUGGAUGGAUCUAUGGGCACAGGAAGCUCAUUUAGCAGCAGCACAGUUAUAAUGUCCAGCGGACCUAAUGGCAAACCACAGGUAUACAGCACUAGUAGCAGCACCAAAAUAGGUCCGAAUGGUGUGAAAGAAACGCGCAAAACUCUCCAGGAUUCUCGCACUGGCACCAAGAAAAUGUCUAUUGGUCAUCACAUCGGUGAGCGCGCGCACGUGAUCGAGCGGGAACAGAACGUGUACUCGGGCGAUGCUGAGGAGAGACAGGAGUUCAUCAACCUUGACGAGGAAGAGGCGGAGGACUUUGAUAGGGAGUUUCAAACUAAGGCGGGCAUGAUGCGAGCCCGCGAGGCGAUCUGCCCCGCGCCCCGCAUGGAGUCGUCGCGUCUAGCGCUGCCGGCGCCACCUACUACAAGUAGAGAUGUGUCGGCCAGUACGCGGUACCACUCGCGGCCAUCAGCGCGUCGACCCAUCCGUUCCAGGGCCAGCUCACACGUUUUACCCUCCAGCACGAGCGUCCGCGAGGUGUACAGCAGCGCGCACCCGCAGCGUCAUAGGCACAAGCACCAGAAGGUCCACCGACACAACGCUGACAAUUAAUCACCCAUCCACCCCACGAAGCCGCCGUCCAUCAUCGACGUAACAAAACGCAAACCCUUUUUUUUUAAUGGAAUGGUAACUCCGCCUGCGCUAUAGAUAUCCACUGGCGGGGCACCAGUGAGGGAUGACAGGUGAGGAUGAAGCAGGUCAGCCCACUUUGAUGAAUCUAACAAUAUACCAAUCACGAUGGUUUCCAGGGGGAACCAUGUCAUGGAGGUCGACCUGAUUAUUGUUAGCAAUGGGGCUACUUAUCCCCAUUACUAACAAUCCCUUCUCCUUCCAAAGAAAACAUUUGACAGGAUAUCUUGUCAAUGAGGACUACCCCCCCAUUAUUAACAAUUCCUUCCCCCCUAAUGUCUGACAGUGGAGGGAAAGGGAUUGUUAGUAAUGAAGACUGAGAAUCCCAUUGCUAGCAAAAUACCCAGCCAGGUCGACCUUCUCGCGGUUCCCUCUGGAAACUCGUGGUUAAUUCCUGAUGAAUUCAUCAUAAUGGGCUAACUUGCCUGUUUUCAUCAUCAUCGAUCACCCUUCACUGGUGCCCCGCCAGCGUAUCCCGUUAGCGCAGGCGGGGCUACCAAUCCAUUUUCACCCAACAAAAAAAAAAUGUCUGACAGUUGAGACCGAUUCAGUGCAAUCCAAAUAAUAAUAGAAUGGUCUAUGACUUUGACCUUAUCACUAGAAAAAUACCGUUUGUAAAGAUCAUUAUUUUUAAUAAUAUUAUUUUAGUCAUUAAAUUAUUUAAACAGCUUUGACGUCAUAAUAUGGCGGAGAAUUACUUCUAUUAUAGUUUUGAUUGUAUCGUGUAACGAAAUCUUAUGACACUACUACUCAUUGCAAUAACAAAACGCACUUUAUUGAUGCAGUGAUAUAAUGUAGGAAUGUUAGUUUACGACGUGAAUAUUGAUGCGUUUAUUGCAUACGGAAAUUUUGUAUUUCCCCAGUGACUUUCACGGAAUGAUCUUACUAAAAUAAUAAUAUUGUUUUCUUUCAAAUUUGAACGUAAUUUCAACUAAAUAAGAUGUUUUAACCGUGAAAAAUUGCGUUUUGUUACCAACUACAGUAAAGACCGAUUUUAUGUGAUCGUCGCGUUUUGUUACGAACGGCGGGUAGGUUAUAAUUAUUCCAUUUUGACACGAAACGAUUGCGAGCGAUAGCGACCCGAUUUUGUAUUAGCACAUGGUACAAGGAGUAUAAUUUUUGCCAUCAGGUGGCGCAGUCUUGUAAGAGUUUAUAUUGUGUCUAGAAAAAUUGUCAACCCAUCUAUGAUAUGCAAAUUUUGUAUUACAUUUUUUUGUUUAAAGGAGAACUUAUUUGUAUUUUAGUGUAAUUAAUUUUGCCCAAUGUAUUGUAAUUCGUAAUAAAACAGACACAAAAGCGAAAAUUCGCUUUACUGACACAAGAUAAUUGUUAGUUUUUUUUUUAUUUGCACAGUUACAAUCUUAUUACAGAAAACUCUUUAAUGCCCGGACUAAACCUGGACUAAUGAUAAUGUAUUGCAUAAACCUGACGUUAUUACAACAGCGGAAUUAAAAAAAAAAGAUUAAUUAAUGCAAAAAUUAGACCGUGGAUUAUAUGUUUCCACAGAUAAUACUCAUUAUAGUAAUCAUUCAUUCAUUUCGGUCAUCAAUCGGUAUGUUUCGUUUUACCAGAAAACUGAUAUUUUAUAUAAAGUAUUUUUUUUAUCAUUUUGAAAUAAUGUUUGUAAAAUUUAAAUAAUAUUUAACUUUCUGUCAUUAUUAUUUAAAUAGUUUAGUAGAUAUAUUUUAGUCGUUGUAAUACAUAUUUUUUACAAUUACUAAUUAUCACCAUUUCGUAGCAACUGUGUUGUGAAACGGAAUAUAAAUUCGAAUUUCAUAAAAUAUUAAAUCAUCACACUGACUAAUUUAUCAGUCAGACCUUGUAAUUUAGGUCAGAAAUAUAUGUAUAAUAUUUUAAGGGCAAAAGAAAAUAAAAAUUAAUGUUUCGUCCUGUUGUAGAAAGAACAUAACCUCAAAAAUAAAUAUUUGGUCUUAAACCACAGUAAAACUAAGUAUUUUGGGGGUCUAUCUUUAGACCAUAGAUGGUCCAUGGUUUAUUCCAGUGGUAAUUCUAGUAUUAUCUUUAGUUUACGUUUUGUAAUAAAAUAGUUAUUGUAUUAAUAAUUGGCAAAUUUCAUAUUAGUUUUUAUUUUCUAUACACAAAACAUAUUUAAAGAUAUCUUGUAUGAACGGGAAUAAAUAAACGAAUGCCUCAAUGCAGUUGGAAUCUCAUUUGAUAUGCUCUUGUAUAUAAUAUCGAACCUUUAUGCGAGGCUUGUGUUAUGCAAAAUUGUUUGUUUUAACAUUCACUAACAUUAUAAGAUUAGCUUGGUGCAUCUAUUAUAAGGAAUACGUACAGUGAUACUUGUAAUCUUUCAGUCAUUGGGCUCGGUUCGAAGGUGGCAUUUCUUGAAAUCUUUCUUUUUAGCAUUUUAAUUUCAUAGUUUCGAAAAAUUACAAUUUUAUUGACCAUCGUGGACUAAGUUUAUAAUAAUUUUGACUUUUUUAGAAUUUUUGUUCAUAUUGGUCCUUAGGAUAUAGAUUUCGGUGUGAUAUCAGGUUGAAAUUUUAAUUUAAAGAUAGGUUUACAGAAAUGCCGCCUAGGAUCGACUCCAACGUCUAAAUUUAAUUCUCUUAAAUUCGCUUCUUAAGACAGAAUUACGUAUAGUGGGAUCGAAUAAAGGUAUAUAAAUCAUUACUGUCAUAUAUAGAAUCAUAUUAAAAUUUUGAAGUCAAUGAAUAUUAUAUACUAUUAUAUUCAUUGCUUUACAGCUAGGUACUGUACAACUAGAUUGAACGAUAGCCUUUCAUAAAAUCAUAAACGCUGUGAGACAAGAAUUGUAACCUCAUUUAAAUAUUUUCCGUCUUUCGAGCUAAAUUAAUAUAAAAAAAAGUGUAAUGUGCUAAAAAUAAUUUAUAACAUGUUUUAUUGUUUUAACCGACUUCAAAAAAGGAGGAGAUUCUGUAAGAAACUAUUAAGUUUAUUACAGAAUCUCCUCUUAUUGUCUUCUUAUUAAUAAAGUAUUAACUUAAGUUUAUAAGAAUGAAAAAUAUCUAAUAAAUUAUUUUUAAUAUGUCAAGAGAAACCUUUUUUUAGUAAUUUCCUUAAAGUGGGCUGUGUGUUUCUUUUUAUAGUUGUUUUUUUUACAAUACAUUGGAGUAUAAAUAUGAUUUUUUAUUGCUUAACGACGCCAAAUGUGACUUGGUCCUACCUGAUGCAAACAAUUAAGUUGCUUUUGCAAAAUUAAGUUGCUAUCGCUCUUUAUCGUUAAGACACCGACCUCAAUAUACGAGAGUUGAUAUUAGGGUACGUAUAGUGUACGUAUUUUGAUUGCAACGUCAAAACUUAACUGUAACUUAGUUAUAUUUACUUAAAUUCAUUGCGUUUCCAUUUAAGUUGAUCUGUUAAGUUGGUCAACGUCAAAUCUCAAUUGUAACUUAGUUAUACUGACUUAAAUUCAUUGCGUUUCCUAUAAAGUACCGACUUGACUGCUGUUGCGACGGCAUUGUACGAUGUGUUUAGUAGAAAUUGAUUGACAUAUCAAUCUACUUAUUUGCUAAGACUACAUUGCAAUUGGUUAAGAAUAUUGAGAAGGGUGUUUCGUUAUUAUCUCGUAGUUUUCACACUAAAAGUGCUCUUUGAAAUCUUAGACUGUUAGCAGUUCAUAUUUAUAUCAAAGCAAUUUCACAUAACUGUGUCUGCAGCGACAAGAAUAUAACAAAAUAACUAACUACUAAUAAUAGAAUUACUAAUUGCUAACUAACGUAAUGUUUGGUUAAUACUUUAGUUUUAAACUUUCGCGUUGUUUACUUACAUAUUUUAAAUACACUAUCGGCACUUAUCAUCAUCAUCAUCAUCAGCUCUUAACGGUCCACUGUUGAACAUAAGGACUUAUGUUCAACCUCCCCCUUUGGAGAUUUUGCCAGUAGUUGCCAUGCUUGGCAGGCGGGUUGGCAACCGCAGUUAGGUUUUUUGGGAUGUUUUAAGAAGGAAGCUGCUGCCCAUUCUCGUUCGCCCUUAGUCGCCUCUUACGACGCCCACGGUAAAGGAAGGGGUGGCUCAUUCUACGCCAGGGCCGACAUGGCAAUAAAUAAUAGCCACGUGGAUGGCACCACGUCGUCUUGUCGUGACCACGUGGUGUAAUUUCGGCAAUAAAGAAUAUGUCCAUGGUAAUGCUCAUGUCUAUAGGCGACGGUUACCAUUUUCCAUCAGGUGGGCCGUCAGCUUGUUUGCCAUUCUAAGUUGUAUAAAAAAAAGCAGAUACGUAGGUACUACAAUAUUUACCUGCAAAAAUGUUUUACCGCGUUAAAUCCCGAUGGUGUAUUUAAAAUAUGAUAAUUGCUUUCUUUAAAUUUUGUAUGUCUAGUUAUUUCAUUAAAUUUAAUUGCUGCAGUCACCUUAAAACAGCAUAGAAAAUAAAAAAAAAAUCUUAAAUACCUCAUAUUGUCAUGACAUGUGUAUGUUAUAAUAUUGUUCCUUAUUUCUUCUCUAGAUCUCGAACCCACCAAUAUUGUGAAGUUUUAGUCUCAGAUUAAUAUAUUUAUAUAAAAAAAAAUAUUUAACAAAUAUCAAUAAUGCACCACUUUCAUCCCAUGACGUCACAUCCCAAAAAUUAUUUCCAAACUCCACCUGUUUUUGUUCUUCGUUCAUCCGGCAGCAUUUUUUUUUAAUUAGGAUUAUCGAUUCUAAAUUUAAAAUAUUCAUAUUUAUAUGCGUUUUCAGUAUUGGUGUUAUAUGUUAUAUUGCCCCAUUACACGUCUUAGAUAUUGCUUUAGUUAGAUACAGACAAUGUUUUAGUUUUAUUCUAGUUUUAUCAUUCGACGUAGUUGUACUUUGUGGAGAAAUCUAGAUAUUGAAAAUAGAAAUGUAUAUAUUAAUAAUAAUAAUAAUAAAAUAUUACAAACAGAUUACCAGACAAAUUACAUUUAUACAAAAAAAAAUAUUACAAACAGAUUACCAGACAAAUUACAUUUAUACAAAAAACAUAGCACACAGUUAUGCACUUGGCUUAGGCCCGUGUACACCUGUAAAACCGGUUUUAAGCCGAGAUAUCGUAAAUUUAAAUUAAAAAUAAUAAUAAUAAUAAUAAACUCUUUAUUGCGCACAGUAAAGAUGUAUACAAGGAGUAUUUAUACAGAACGUGCAUAUACAAAAGGCGGCCUUAUCGCUACAAGCAAUCUCUUACAGACAACCUGGCAUAAAGAAUGGAUAAGUACAGAGAGGUAGAUGGCGCAAAUCAAUAUUAACUGGCAUAGAUGAAGUUAAUAAAUAUCUAGGUACCGAUAAAUUGUCCUUUGCUUAUUAGAAUGCUGUACUUGAGCCUUGAUAUCGCAGAUAUAGUAUAUAGUACCUUAUAAUAAAUAGAUGUAAUACAUAAUAAUAAUUAAAAAAAAAUAUAUUUUUAAGAUGUUUAGAUUUUUUGACAGAGAUUUCGCCGUUGGUUGCAAGUUGAAUUAUAUCAGUACUAAAAUGAUAAAUAUUAUUUAUUUGCCAUUGUUGAAUAGUGACUAUCGUGAGUUAUACUGUAUUGUAGUUAUAUAUGUUAGCUUUACUCAUGUUUCUUAUUUUAGGGUUGCCCUACUAGUUUUGUAUUGUCACCGUUGCGCGCAACGCCAAAACGCGCGCAGCAACAAACAGCGUGCUGGUCGCGACAGCUGGAAACCGCGCUAAUGAAUAAGGGCUACUAAUUUAAAACGCGAGUAAAACCGACAUGUUUAAUUAUAUAUUUUUUUCUCACAAAUUGACUAACGGCCUUCCAUUGUUCUCAAUCGCUUUGGACUUCAAUAAUUUAUCUAUGUUUUAACAUGAUACAAUUUAAUUUGCACCAUACGUAUAUUUUAGGAUUAGACGGGUAACAUAAGAGCCUUUGUCCCUCUCGUUUCACAAAUAAGCUUAGAACCGGUGUGCACAAUCUGAGAAAUAACAUUCGGUGUAUUUUUUGUAUAUAUUUUAUCACAAUCUAUUAUAGAUCUACAUAAUUUUUUGUCAAAACCAGACUGAGUAAAUGGUAAAACAUCUAUUGGCAAAAUCAUUAUAGUUAGCUAGGACUUGAGAUAGAAAGAGACGGCGACGUCCGGUGUCUUGUUCUAUCUGAAACAAUUCUAUCCACUAGUCUAGGUCUAUGCCACUUCGAACUAAUGUUUGUGUCAAGUCUGUGCAACCAUCUAAUUGAUUUUGAAAAUUUCACGCUAUGAAACAGGUUUUCUUAUGAUGUCUAUAGGCAUCGUUUUUACAUACAUAAAUAGUUGUAUGCUAUGAUUUUUUUGAUUGUGCUGUUGUUUUUAAAUGGUUGCAUAUAUUCAUUUUCCUGUUUUGUCGAUAUAUGGGCGGAACCGAGUAUUAAUAACACAGUUAUUACGCUCAGUGGUCAGACCCUUUAUAUAUUACAGAAACAGUGGUACGUAUGAAGAUGUCUUCUCUGCUAAGAGAUUAUCUUUUCACACGAACUUCUAAAACAUAAUCCUUUAUGAAUGUUAUUUCUUGAGUAAUGUACUCGGUUAUAUUAGUUAAGUGUAGUAUAAAAUCACUUAUUCGGUAGGGGAUAGUGUAUAAAUUCCUGUCUUAUGUGAUUAUAGCGACACACAUACCUAUAUAAGAUCGCUUAAAUACUGAACACGUUCCACCGUAUUCAGUAUUCAAGCGGUCUGAACACUCCCUAAUGUGCUAGCACGUAUAAGUGACAUUUGUCAUUAUGACAGUUUUAACAAUUGACUUAGUAUAACGUGCUUACGUACAUUAUUAAUGAUUCUUUUGUUGUCUAGUAAUGUUCGCAUACAUAAAUUAAGGUUAGUACCGGUGGUCCUAGCUCACAACUACACGUGCCCACAGAUAAGUGACAAAAUUGUCAUUAUGACAAAUGUCACUCAUGUGUCUGUGUCAACUUUUACAAUUAUUACGAGUGAUAAUCCUUUACGUUCACUUGUAAUAAUCGUAAAAUUAAAUAUUGUGUAAGUAAUUAUCCAUUUGAUGGCCUUAUCCAAGUGUUUGCCUUGUAUUAGUUUGUCAAAUGCUUCCGCACAAAAUUUGAAAAGUGCUCGACAGGCAUUGCCAACAUUCAGUAAAAAUAGUUGAUGUAAAUUUCUAAUAUUAAGUUCUUUUACAUUGUAAGUCUUUUUUAGUGAAUAUAAUUUGUUCAUUGUAUCUCUGUUAAGGUUUCCAGCACAUAAGAUCACUGUCCCCUUAUGCAAGUGGCAAGCGAAUUUAUUGUUAGAAUUGUUUCGAUUAGCGCAUACAUGAGAGAGAACAAGACAACGCAUGUUGGCGACGUGUGUUGUCUUGUUCCCUCUCAUAAUUUUAAUUCUAUUUAAUGGACUCGCUAGCGAUAACGAUUUUGUAAAUAGAUUCGUUUGCUACUUGUUUAGAGGGCUGAUCAUUAUGCAUAAGUGCAUCAUUGACAAUGUCUAAGUGCUGGGAAUUAUUCGUAUGUCUAAAUUUUUACUGUCUUAUAGUUAUAAAGUUUCGAUUAUCGAUGUUAGAAGUAAAAGAACCAAUUUUUAUUCCCGUGUGAACGUAAAAUAAACUAGCAAAUUGUA